AGUCAGGAUAUUGGAGAUACACCAUACAAAAUGGCGGACAAGACGGGUAUAUUGGAGUAAAUAUACGAUCUAGUCCAAAAACAACUUCAGGAGGUAUAACAUUGAAAGCCUGGAUAAAUAAGCUGCAAGUGAGCGUUCCAGUCGAAACUGUCAUAGUAUAUGCGGAGAUAGCACAGGGCUAUUCACCAGUCAUAAGCGCCCAUGUUGAAGCAACUAUUGAACUACCAGGACAACGUUUCACUAAAAUCUUACUUCACGACAAUGGCAUAGGCAGUGAUAAUUUCAAAGAUGAUGGGGUGUAUUCCAAUUUCUUCCCCGACGUCAGUGGAGAUGACCGUUAUGCUGUCACUGUGAGUGCCAGUAAUCCAAGUGGGAAUGCAGUGUUACAACAUCGUGCUUCGGCUGUCAGUGGAGCCUAUGACCAGUUGCAAGUUGAAGAAAAAAUCACAUUGGAAGAUAUAGGCGACUUUAACAGGCAAUCGUCUGGUGGUUCAUUCAAGGUGGAAAACUCGGACAGGAAGGAAGAAUAUCCUCCAGGUAGAGUGGAAGAUUUAUCAAUCGAGAGCAUGUCACUUGAAGAAAGGACAGUGACCUUGAUCUGGACAGCACCUGGUCAAAAUGCGUUCUCUGGAAUAGUGUCUGGAUUUGAGAUAUUCGUGCAUCACAAAAUGGAGGCCCUUGUUGCCAACCAUCUCCAUGGUUACGUGGUACACGAAUUAGACCUGGUGGAUGGAUCACUAGAACCACUGCCAGCAUACAACAAGCACAGAAUUGUGAUCAGACUACC